UUKAAUGACAUAAAGUAAAAUCUUCCUAAAACACGAAUUAAACAAUAUAUAUUCUACAAUUUGUUAGAAAAUAUAAUAAGAUAUAUUAAAAAAGUAAUUACGUGACAAUCGGAAAAAAUGAAACACAUAUACCCUCAAUUGCRGAAAUUAAGAAGUUAGAGCGAGAGAGUGGGAGAAAAUGAAAGAACGCCAAAGUUGACAUUUUGGAAGUGGAAUAAGGAGUACAGCAAACAGCAGAAAAAUGCCGAGAAUCUAGUGAAGAAUCAACUAAAAUCAAGAAUAAUUUCAGUAAAAGUGGUCGUUGAAAAUAAAAAAUGUUAAUUAUUUUUUCGUAUUUGCGAAAAUAAAUCUUCAAAGGAAAAAAACGUUGGUAAAGUUGCGUUAUAUGUGACAAGACAACGUCGUGUCAACCGGCGUGAAGUUAAAAUUGUUUAAGACGCUUUAAAAUAAGGUAAAAGUUAGUGUAAAAUAUAAAAAAAUAGUUUGUAAGGCGACAGUAAUGUCGGGUGGAAGAGAGUCAAACAGCAGUAAUGCAAGCUCCAACAGUAGCGGUGUUUCGACAACUGCAUCCUCCACGCCCACAUCUUCAGGUCAAAAUAACAACGGCAAUCAGCGCUCUCGUGGGCGUCCAGCCAAACGCGCUACUUGUACGUGGUGUGGUGAAAGUAAGCAACUGCUGCAAUAUGUGUUACCAACGCAGAACGGCAAGAAAGAAUUCUGUUCGGAAACAUGCAUCGCAGAGUUUCGGAAAGCUUAUAAUAAAGGCGCCUGCACUCAGUGUGAUAAUGUGAUUCGAGAAGGGGCGCCAAAUAAAGACUUUUGUUCAGUGAUGUGUAUGAAUAAACAUCAAAAAAAGAAUGGCUCCACUAGACAACAUAGUAGUGGGGGAGGUGGUGGGCGAGGAGAUUCCGAUCGAGGAAAAAUGUCUUCAAUUGGAGGUGGUUCCUGUACACCAACUGGACCAUUCCAGUAUGAAAGUUUUCAUGUUUUUGAUUGGGAUGCAUAUUUGGAGGAGACCGGAAGCGAAGCAGCACCGCCGGAAUGUUUUAAACAAGCGCUUAACCCUCCAAUCAAUGACUUCAAAAUAGGCAUGAAAUUAGAGGCACUAGAYCCUCGGAACGUAACUUCAACAUGUAUUGCGAGUGUUGUGGGUGUGCUCGGUUCGCGGCUGCGACUGCGCUUGGAUGGCAGUGACAGUCAAAAUGAUUUUUGGCGCUUGGUCGACUCGAAUGAAAUCCAUGCGAUUGGGCACUGUGAAAAGAACGGCGGAAUGUUGCAACCACCACUCGGUUUUCGCAUGAAUGCCUCCAGCUGGCCCGGUUACCUUUGCAAAAUUUUAAAUAAUGCCAUGGUUGCACCGGAAGAUAUUUUCCAACCGGAACCGCCAGGUCCCUCGGAGAAUCUCUUCAAAGUUGGCCAAAAGCUCGAGGCGGUCGACAAAAAGAAUCCACAACUGAUUUGCUGUGCGACAGUUGAUGCGAUUAAAGACGACCAAAUUCAUGUGACUUUCGAUGGGUGGCGUGGAGCGUUCGACUAUUGGUGCAGCUACGACUCCAGAGAUAUAUUUCCGGUUGGUUGGUGUGCACGUAGUUGUCAUCCAAUGCAACCGCCGGGUCAUAAAUCGCGUACCGAUUCGAGUUCGAGCAAGCACCGCAGCCCCCGACCACGCUACACCUUCGUUCAAGAGGCGGACGCAAUGGUGCCUGCCACACCGGUUACCGCGCAUUUUCACACAAAUUGCAAAGGAGGUCCAUUCAUUAAUAGCACUAAAUUGCCAUCAAUGGUAACAGGGCCAACCCAUCAAACUCUAGCAAAAUUGUGUUUACAAGAAGUGCUUGCUGCAAGCACAGAUACUCAGCAGCUUUCAAAAUUAUUAUUCGCACUAGAAGGAGAUGUGCACAUAGUGCCAGCKGCAGGAAAGAAUUUCACAGUGAAAAUUCCAUCACAAUUGCGAAUGAGAGACGAUGACAGUUUGGCACAAUUCAUAGAAACACUAUGUACUACAUGUAGAGCAUGCCCUAAUCUCAUAUCGUUGGUACCCGCAACGGAAGAAUGUGACAAAUGUGUCAUUACCAAGAAGCGCUUGUUAUCAACGAAUUCCACACCGCCCACGUCACCAGUUAUACCGGAGAAAAGAAAAACACUCGGCUUAUUAAGCGAUAAGCCUCAUGCAAUCAAACAAGAAUUACCAACAUCCACCACAACUUCAUCGCACAUUGUAGAUUCUUCGUCUGCACCAGUUAUGGUAACAGUUGGGGGCAGUAUUCCCAAAGCUGAUGCUGAACUCAAGCUAUCUAUAAACAAUAAUAACUUAUUACCAGUGCAAAUAAAAGUCGAACCUAAUACAAAUGGAACCUCGACUAUUGCAUCACAAACCCACUCUUUGCGGCAGAUACGACUUCAUCACUUAAACAAUCCGGAGGAGUCGAAGCAGAUUUCGAAUAAUACGUCUACUUCUACAAGUUCAACAAACUCGAAUGUGAAGUAUCUUGCCCCUCUUGUGGCUGAAGUACAUCCUGAACAAUCAAGUGUGGUGAAUACCGUUAUUGGCUCAUCGACAUACAAAUCGCCUUCGACUUUAUCAUCGAGCGCAUCCUUACCUACAUCUGUGUCGACGCCAUUUAGUGGUUUACAGUCGGCUUCAUCUACAGCAUCUGCAGCUGCUGGUACAAUAGUUUUGUCGGCCGCAGCGCCACCAACAUCAGCAGCGUCAGCAAUGAGUUCUGCAUCUUUACCACCACUCCGUUCACAUCCCGGAGAUUGGUCAAUUGAAGAAGUCAUACAAUUCAUCGAAAGCAAUGACACUUCCCUUGCCGUACAUGGUGAUCUAUUUAGAAAACAUGAAAUCGAUGGGAAAGCGCUGCUUCUUCUUAAUUCCGAAAUGAUGAUGAAGUAUAUGGGUCUUAAGUUGGGACCAGCCUUAAAGAUAUGCAAUUUAGUUAAUAAGGUUAAUGGUAGACGUAAUAAUAUGUCACUAUAAAUGCGGCUGAGACGAUUAAGAGAUACCAAUAUACAUACAUACAUAUGUACCAUAGUUAAUAGGUAUAUUGACAAACGUUUCUAUAUGAUGAAAAUGUAUUGCAAAUGUUAGAAAAACUUACCUAGAAUUAGAGCUGAAUAAGUGUACGCAAUGAAAGUUGUUGGCGUAUUUUCUAUAACAAGGGUACCUUCACGUAUAUUUGYAUUAAUAAUUACUACAUUAAUAUUUAAACUGAAAAUGUAACAUGAAAUCGAUUUAAAUUUUUAAAUUGAAAAUGCUUAAUUAUAUAUU